ACAGGAAAUAGCCUAACGAUGUUUACUUCUACAUAUUUCUGACAUUUAACUUCAAAUAUAGUUAUUCACAGUGAGCUAAGUGUACUCUCUGUCAACUAGUGUUGUUCCAGAGGGAACACAUGUUUGGUGUCGGUCUUCAGUUUCUCUUCCUGCUGACAUGUGGAGUUACACUGGGACAGGAAGACGGUUCCGUCAGAGUGGUUGUUCUAGAAGGUGGAGAGGCUUUAUUCCCAGUAUCCAUCAACAUGGGUGCUGAAAGACUUCUCUUUGACUGGAGAAAAGUCGGUCCUGGAGGAGAAGUCUUUCAGGAGGUUUUCAUGUAUGAUGCAGGCAUCCAUUACAACAACGGUCGUUCAGGUCAGAGUCCGCAGUUCAAAGGACGAGUCUCACAUUUCCCAGCAGAACUGAAGCACGGCAACGCCUCCAUCGUCAUCAGCAACACGACAGCAACCGACAGGGGAAACUACACCUGUUAUUUUCCACGUCUGCAGCCUCCUCAGACAUUCUACUUUGAGCUGGAUGUUGAUCUCCACUUUAAGGACCGAUCAGGAGAAGACCCAGCUGCAACUCCAAAGCCGUCCGUCACGACUCUCACAGUCGACUGGGCUCUUCUGCACUGUGAGGUUCCUGGUGCUUCUCUAAACACUAAAGCAGAGUGGCAGAGCGGAGAUGGAAACAGACUCGAAGCUGAGGAGAAACGAGUCCCAGAGAAAGACCACGACCACGUCUUCAUCUCUCUCAGCGUUAAUGUGACCAGGACAGACCUCUACCGCUGUGUGGUCUCUCAGGAGGACAUCAAGCAUCGGGUCUCUGCUCAGACCUUUGUGUUCAUUAGUGAGAAACAAAAGAUGGAGUGUAAGGAAUGCUACAGCAUGCUUAUGGUUGGCAUCACUUCAUUCGUUUUGGGAGCUGUAAAUCUGGCUGCAGUUCUGGCUUUGCUUGUAUUUGCAAAGUGCAUCAAAAUACUCCACAAUAAAGAUUCUGCUCUGAAGGGAGAAGAGGAGAUCAACCUACCGUCUAACGGGACAAACAUCCUGGUAAAGAUGCUUCAAAGCUGCCACUGCAGUCAGCUGAGUAUUAGCGUUACAUCUGAUGUUAAGGUGUGUGAACAACCUGAGUUUGUGUGUGAGGAUAGUUUGGCUGAUCCUUCAUAAACCUUCCUGACGGUUCAAAUAAGAUAAGCUUUAAGAACACACACACACAUUCCGGAGCAUAGCCAAGACAAAAUCAGGAGAAGAACUAAUUAAGUUUUCAUUUGAAAAAAGGGUGUAAAAUCACUUAUCACCUUUGUCCUCUCUCCUCACAGUGUUUUGACAGGACGGGCAUUUCCAUUACCUUUUUAGAUGGGAAUAAUAUUAAAAGGAAUGGUGUUUUAAAAAGUUCUGAGAAUAAGGGAUUCAUGAGGUUCAAGGAAAGCAUCCGCUCUCGGCUCAGUAGAAUUAAUGGAGAGAGAAAAUAAAUCUAGUUUCGGCUUUUAGUGCAUUUUACAACUUUAAGGACCGAAUGAUUCUAAUAAGGGCUGAUUUACAGACGUCUCUGUCCCCAUGUUAGUCAAUGGGGAAAAGUCUUUCUGGGCCGGGUGACGUCACGGACUGAUACGGAAGUUGAAGUACCGCCGUAGGAGUAUUACUCUUAACCAUGAGAUACAACACUGUCUGGAGUUACAUUUUACAAACUGAGCCGAUCAUCAAUCUCCAAUAUCAUGGUUUAAUAGUUUGCCUGUCUGACCAUCGUAAUUGGGCUUCUUGUAGAUAAAACCAGGCGUGGGUUUCUUCAUAUUUUGAUGUGAUUGAAUCUGUAUUUACCGCCAUUCAAAUGACAGCUAGUGUUUGCACCCAAAAGGGCCCGAUGAACGAGUUGAUAUCAGGCAGCUUAGAGGGAUUGUGUUUCGAUAAGAUAAAGAAAUCCAGGGUGUGUUGAACUGGCUUCGUGGUACAGGCCGGCUGCAGCUUAUGAAGUAAAUCAUAUUACUUUCUCCCAUUAAAUGGUGUUUGAAGCAUUAAAAAAUCUGAGAUGUGAAUGUAGCAGAGACUGUGAAUGUGCAAUGGACAGCUGAGAGAGAGAAGAGACAACUUUCUGAGUUUAGUUUUAAGCUAUAUAAUUAACAGUCUUACUAGUGUUUUAUAAACAAACCUGCUUUUAGAUUUAAGACUGAAGCUGUUACUGUCUAUAAUAUAAUAAUGUCCUCAUUGCUGUUAAAAUAUUUUUGUAAAUAUGGAAGUGUUGAAUGUUACAGGGUGAAUUUGCAAAAACAGAUAUCAUUGUUUGGGGUGUUUUUCAAUGCCAAUCACAGAAGUGCUUGGUUGGUCUCAAUUUUCUUAUUUAAAUCAUUUGCACUGAAGCGAAAAUCAAUCAAUCCUAGUGUUUGUCUGUUUUUGCAAAUGAAGUCCUAUCAGUGUUUUCUCCUACUGACGUUUUCUUUGUAUAGGCAGUUAUAUAUCUCUUUGUGUUACUCCAGGGUGUCCGCGGGGUCUUAAAAGGUCUUACAUUUGACUUCAGGAUUCCUGCAUACACCCUGUACUCAAAGUGCUGGAGUUUCAUUAGGAAAGAACCAAAGUGAUCUUCAUUUCGUUUCCAAGUUUUCAGAUGUGUUCAUUACAUGUAAAGCUAUUUGUGUGUAAAAGUACCAUUUUCUAUGCUCUGUGUGUGUGUGUGUGUGUGUGUGUGUGUGUGUGUGUGUGUGUGUGUGUGUGUGUGUGUGUGUGUGUGUGUGUGUGUGUGUGUGUGUGUGUGUGUGUGUGUGUGUGUGUGUGUGUGU